CCCAAUCACCUCAUCCCACCCCUUUCCUCAAUCCAUCCAAAAGCACACCUACAAAAACCUCAACCAACCCAAAAAAACAUCAUAUUUCCCAUCCUUAACAAUUCCUACUAUGAUUGCAAAACAAUCCCCACGUAAAUCUAGAACCAAACUCCGUAAACCUAAAUACCUAAGCCUCCGUCUUCAACUCACACCACCACCAAUGCCCCCUACUAACCACCAUGAUCAUAAACAACAACAACUUAAUCUUUUUCCACUACACCCCGAGAAUCUAGUGGAACAAGAUAAACUAGACGAAGAACCCAUCAUGGCUCGCAUGUUCUCAUCGUGUGACGAUGUAGAUGGAGCCGCUACAACUCUAACCGGAAUCCUAUGCACCGAAGCCAAAGAUGAAAAAGAGGACAACGGUCAUGACACGAACAAUGUUCCAUCUCCCUCGUCGGUAGCCGACGAGGAGGUGGAGCUUGUUCGAACCGCGAUGAGGAGGAAUAAGACGGACAAAGUUCAUGAUCAGGAAAAAUGGGUUUGUUAUUCGGAGGUUGUGGAUAGGAAGAAGGCGGUUAGAGAGAUAUCUUCGUCGUCUUCUACGACAACAGCUUCCUGUCGUCGUCAAAAUAGUAAUAGUAAUAGUAAUAAUAAUAAUCGUAAUCCGCUUAGGAACAAAUUGGUGUUGAAGCUUGACUAUGAGAAGAUCAUGAAGUCAUGGGUCAAUAAGGGUCCACUUUACAUUUCGGAUGUGGAUGCUCCACAACCACAAACCGUACCGGAUCUCCAAGAUGAUCAUGACUUCUUUUUACCAUCUUCCAUCAAUGUCAAAACACAUGGGGAGCAAGACAAUGGUGGCAAUGGAGGGUCGUGGACGGUUCCACAAAUGACGCAUAUUGAAAACAAUGGUAUAAGCAGAGGAGAUGAUGCAUUGCAAGCGGGAGAGUCGAGUCCAGUGGCUCAUCCUCAUAAUAGAGAAGCAAGUGUACAGAGGUACAAAGAGAAAAGACGUAACCGCUUGUUUGCUAAAACGGUACGCUAUGAAGUAAGAAAGCUCAAUGCUGAGAAACGCCCUCGUGUUAAGGGAAGGUUCGUUAAAAGUAGUUGAGUAACACAAAUAUGUUUAUGUUAAAGCUUAACACCACCUUUUAAAGUGGGAAUGUAUUUAUGACGAUGUACAUGUGUGUAAUGUGUAUUCAAAACUAAAGUCUCUCAUGAUGUGAGAUUUUAAGGUUGUAAGUGCAUAGCUUUAGAUAAUCUUUGUGAGAAUAAAAAGGUACUAAAAAGUACACAAUAUUACUA